UUUAUUUAUAAAUCCAAGUAUUCGGGAGGAGAUCUCACAUUCGAACAGUUGCUAACCAUGUUGUGCCUCUCUACUCUUCUCGCAAUACUCGGACUACUCCUCGCUGCGGAGUCAUCUGCUGACGAGCCCGGACAAAGACUGGUAGAAAGACGCUACAGGGGAUUAAAGUUCGGAGCAACAAACCAGGACUACGUUCUUUUCAAGCCAAGAAUGGAACCAGUGCGAGAAUCCUACUCGCUGUGCGGAUGGGUGAAGAAGAUACUGUCUGGUGAUGACAAGUUCUGGUUUGCUUACGGAACAUCUAGUGAUAACAGUGAGAUCCGCCCAGAAGAUAACGGACGUUUCCGAACGUUCGGCACAUGGGUAGAUACGAGGAGCAAGGUAACUAUCCAGCUAGGAACAUGGAGACAUGCCUGCUAUACGUGGAGUCUCACUACUAGAGCAGCUAGUGUGUACUAUGAUGGGUUACUUCUAGGAUCAAUCACAACCCCCUCUGGUAAAAAGGUCGGUCUAGACGGGUAUAUUGUGCUAGGCAAUGAGUUUACCUCAUACGGAGGGAACUUUCAUUGGCCAUUUGGUGGGGAACUGUUCAAGGUGAACCUGUUUGAUAAAGAACUGAGUGCUGCUGAAGUGAAAGAAAUGGCGGACAGUGGUCUUUGUUCAGAAGUAGAAGAGAAAUACGGACGAAGUAGGUAUCUAAAAUGGGAAGACAUGCUUCUUGAGGAGAAAUCAGGAAAUGUCGCUGAAAUUGACGUAGGCUGCGCCCCAGAACUGAAGAAAGAAGAUGACGACGAAGAAACCGACAUCUCAGAGGACUGUGAAUGUGAGCAAGGGAACGAAACAACAUUCAACCGCUGGGACCUGCUGCGAGGAGAGAAGUUCUUCAACAAGACGGUCUCUGUGGAUCUGGUGGAGGAACUGAAACAGACAUGGGAAAUUCUAGGAGAUUUUGAAGGGGCAACUGUGACGGAACGGUUUAUCUCUCACUUCAAAUUCUUUGACGACGAGAAAACUUGCAACUGAUUGAACUGGACACUCUACAGUGUGUGACAUGUAACUGAGGAGCUGGCAUCGUGUUAAGAUGUGUUAAAGAAGCACAAGAGUGUACCUU